AUGUUUAGUCAGCAAGCUAGGCAUCCUCCGCGUCCGCAGUAUAUACUUGCACAACAGCAGUCAGUCGCCUCUGGUCAUUCGCUUCCUCCACAGUACCAUCAACAGCCUGCAGUUGAACAGGUAGAAGCAGAAUUACAAACAGUAAAUCCCGUACAGCAACAGCAACAACAACAGCAGCAUUAUAUGAUGGAACAGCAACAGAUGGCAUCUAGAAUGCCCGCGAAUGCACAUCCGGUGGAGCGCCCAACAAUGAUGCCUCAGGUAUUUUAUGAAUUUUUAGUCUUGUUAACUCUGUUCUUUAAAGGUUUCUGA